CGUACAGACGGAGACUAGGACCGAAACUUGUGCGAGAGACGAGAGGCGAAGAUGACUCGACCGAGCGCGGCGAACGUAAGACAAAACAAACAGGGCGCGGAAAUCAAGGGCAGCUACGACGACGAGCGCACCGGUAUCGUAAGGAUGCCAAGUGCGAGCGCGGUGGAGCCUGGGAAAUGUGAACGACUAUACACAGCAAACAAAGCUGAACAGCGAUAGAUCGUGCGGCGAGCGAGAAAGACUAGAAAGGCGAAGGAAGAUGCGCACAAAACGAAACGUCGAACGUGAACAGUGAACAACACACGACGAGUCCAGACAACGACGGCUGAACACAUUCGGGAUCCUAGUGGGGUUGGGGAGAGAGGUAGGCUACACGAGACACAAGCGCGUCGCGACAGCGUGAUAAGAAACGCGAUAAAUAGGUAGGCUGGGCGGAUGUGGGUAGACAGUCGGCACUGCGCAAAGCCGCGGGGGAGAGCGGUAAGCUGCCGAACGUUCAUGACACUGCGUGUGUUGUGUGGGAGGCAUGAUGGAAGCAUCUCCGAUAAAUAAUCGACCCGUGUGGGAAUGCGUAAAGUGGAGCGUUGAAGCGUAGAAUGGCGUCGUAACCAUGGUGUGGAGGUGGAAGGGGAAGGCUACAAAAUGUAAGCAGACAAUGGGUGGGGGAGGGGGAUACACGAU